AUGAAAGACGACAACAACUUGACAGUUUUGGAAAAAAGUCUUGCAAUCUUUCCUUUGAAAAAAACUGCAGUUUGCGAUUCUUUCGGAAAAUUUUCAUGUCAAGGCGCUUGGAAUAAAGUUUGCUGCAUUUAUGGAGAUCAUGUCAUCAACCCUUAUAUUUCGAGAGAGUAUCGAAUUUUGUUUCAGACUUGGAACUUGGAUCAUCAGGUGGAAAAGUCGCGUACGGUCAUUCCAAAUAUAUUAAAAAAUGUUAAAUAUUUGAUUGAUGACCAGGCUACAUGUCUUGUGCACCCUGAUAGACCAGCAGUUCACUUAACUCAGGUAAUAUAUUUUUUGGAGCUAUUCACUAUGGCAAAUUUGAAACUAGUUCAUAUAGUUUGUCAUGACAAAAAAGCACAUGAAUUGCAAUCUUCUGGAGGUUGUUUGUGUGCAGAAUGCCAUGAUCAGGAACAAAAAAAGAUGUCGUUUUAA